CUCCUCCUCCUCCUCCCUCUCUCCGUGCGCUCUGGUCCUCCUCUGCGCGCUCCGGUUCUCGCUUCGGACAAACUGCAGCGGGGCUAGUGGGGGUCUCCAAAAGCUUUGUUGAAAUUAGCAGAAAGCAGUGCGCCUCAGGAGCCAGGGAGGAACGUGGGGGCUACUUUUCAGGGGACCAGGGUGUCGUGUGGUUUGUUUUUCGGGGUCAUUUUGUUUGCAGUUCGGUCAUGGAGACUCUCAGAGUUCUCCUUGCGCUCCUGUGCGCUUUCGCGGCUGCAGCCGUAUCACCAAUCCCAAAAGCCGGGUUUGCGGAGUGUCCUGUUGACCUUUUCUUUGUGCUGGACACAUCUGAGAGUGUCGCCCUCAGACAGAAACCUCCCAACUUUUAUAUUGACCAGAUCAAGGAAUUCACCAAACACUUUAUAGAUGAACUCCAUGAGAUGCGCCACGAAUGCGAUCGCACCCUGAUGUGGAACUCGGGAGCGCUCCAUUACAGUGACGAGGUCGUUCUUGUCAGAGAACUAAGUGACAUGAGGUACGACCGCAGUGCCCUGAAGGCUGCCAUCGAUGGCAUCAAAUACAUCGGCAAGGGCACUUACACCGACUGCGCCAUCAAGAGGGGCCUGGCAGAGCUGCUCAUUGGGGGCUCCCACUACCAUGAGAACAAGUACAUUGUGGUUGUGACUGAUGGCCAUCCCAUCACUGGGUACAAGGAGCCAUGUGGAGGAGUGCAGGAGGCUGCUAAUGAAGCCCGGCAACACGGGGUUAAAGUGUUUGCUGUGGCCAUCUCACCUGACCAAGAGGACACCAGACUGUCUCUCAUCGCCACAGACCAGAACUACAGACAGAACUUCACUGCUGCAGACGACACCAGAUCCACCAAGAUCAAAACCAUUCGAUCCAUCAUUGACAUGAUUACAAAUGAGACGAAGGAUGUGUGCUGCUCCUUUGAUUGUCACGCUUCUGGAGGCCCAAAAGGACCAGAUGGAGAUGAAGGCGCCAAGGGAGAGAUGGGUCGACCAGGAAUGCCUGGAGAGAAAGGAGCUAUUGGUCCUGCGGGCAGCGUUGGUGAUCCUGGUCCGGUUGGCUACAGUGGAAUGAAGGGAGACCGUGGUCCCAGAGGAGAGAAGGGUGAAAGAGGACACAAAGGCUUCAAGGGGGACAAAGGUCAAAGAGGGAUGGAUGGAACCGAUGGACGCAAGGGUGAAUCUGGUUUCCCCGGACUUUCAGGCUGCAAAGGUUCUCCUGGAUCUGAUGGUCUGCAGGGAGAGGGRGGACCCAAGGGGGACCCCGGCCCUUAUGGAAAGAAAGGAGAAAAGGGAGACCUUGGGAAAAAUGGUGAACCGGGACGUCCUGGAAACUAUGGGCCCCUGGGCCCUCGGGGUGAUCCGGGCCCUCGUGGACCUAAUGGAGACAAAGGCGAGCGCGGUGAUGAUGGACCAUCUGGAGCAGACGGGACUCCUGGCGAGAGAGGAAAAGUUGGGGAGAAGGGCGAGCAAGGGUCCCGUGGAAAUAGAGGCCCAAGAGGAGAACCUGGGGACCCUGGAAGCCGUGGAGAGCAGGGGAGGGAGGGGUCAACUGGUGCCAAUGGAGACCCUGGUGAGCCCGGCAAGCCUGGCCCCCCUGGCUACAGAGGAGACGAAGGUUCGCUGGGAGCUGAGGGGCCCAAAGGACCGAGGGGAAUCAAAGGAGCUCCAGGAGACAGAGGCUCAAUGGGGCCACGGGGAGAAGAUGGUGUCCAAGGGAAUGGCACAGCUGGAUGCCCUGGUUUCCAGGGUUAUCCUGGGCCCCGUGGAGACCCCGGUGAGCCGGGAGGCAAAGGAACCCCCGGACCCAAAGGUGAUGAUGGCGAGCCCGGAGAGCCAGGCAUUGAUAACAACGAACUGGGGCCUCCCGGACCUAAAGGGGCCAAAGGUCACCGAGGGCCUGAGGGCAACCCGCUGUUGGACCGCCUGGACCUCCAGGAGCUGAUGAAUGUGAAAUUCUGGAUAUCAUCAUGAAGCUCUGCUCUUGCUGCGAGUGCAAGUGUGCACCUGUGGACUUGGCAUUUAUCGUGGACAGCUCAGAAAGUAUCGGUGCCACAAACUUUGCCCUCGCCAAAGACUUCAUCGUCACAGUUAUUGACAGGCUGAUUAAAAACCACCAAGUCAAGUUUGCAGCGAACCAGUCCUCAGUGAGUGUCGUCCAGUACAGUGGAUCACAAGCCCAGGAAGUUGUGAAACUUACCAGUAACCUCAGCGACUUUAAACAGGCAGUGAGAGACAUGCGCUGGCUGGCUGAGGCCACUUAUACAGGCGAGGCCCUCGAAUUCGCUCUGACCGCAACACUAAAGGACAUGAGGAAAGACAACAAAGUUGUUCUCGUUCUCACCGAUGGACGCUCUGAUAUUAAGAGAGACAAAGUGUCCCUCAGUACGCUCUGUGGGAAAGACCUCGUGGUGGGGGGUUUAGGAGUUAAGGACUACUCAGGCCGGGAGCCCAACCAGGAGCAGCUCCAGUCUGUAACGUGUGAGGCUGACAGCAAACCGGGAUUUUCUUUCGUCCUGGAGAACUUUGCUGAGCUGCUGGAUGAUAAUUUCCUCCGGAAUCUCACAGCCAAGAUCUGCCAAGAGAAGAAAUGCCCAGACUACAAAUGUCCAAUCACUUUCUCCGAACCCACCGACAUUUUGAUGAUGAUGGACAGUUCAGCCAGUGUGGGCCAGAAGAACUUCGAGAUAAGCAAGACCUUUGUCCGACGCCUGGCCGAACGUUUCCUCACAGCCGAGAGAAAGAGACGCGUCAACGUCAGAGUGGGCGUGGCCCAGUACAGCCGCAACGCCAUCAUGGAGCAGGCGCUGACUAACAACCUGACCUUGAUCUCUUCUAAACUCGAGGAAGCAAGCUUCCAAAACGACGGCACCGACGUUCUAGAGGCCCUCGGAUUCGCCGCCACCGCUUUCCGUGGUCGUGGGGAUGCGUCCUCCAGUGGCCGGAAAAAGGUGGUGCUCUUUUCUGACGGCCGCUCUCAGAGAGUCACCCAGGCUCUCCUGGAGAAGCGGGUGCGUGAGCUGGCAGACGCCGGCAUCGAGGUCUUUGUCAUCUCAGCGGGCAGCCAGGUCAGCGAGGCCAACCUCAGCAUGCUGGUGAGCAGGGGGCGGCAGGGCGACAUCUCCUACGCUCAGCGCCACCUGUUCCGCAUCCCGGACUACCCCUCUCUGCUCCGCGGGGUCUUCUACCAAACCGUCACCCGCAGGGUCUCUUUGCCCUAAGCGCCAACAAAAAGGACCAACAUGUUUUAGUUUUUUAGUUCCAAUAGAAGUAUUCAGUCUCACUCAUUUACACCAUUUUCAAGUACGUCUGACGAAGAAAUAGGAAAUGUCACAAAGUUACCAAAGAUUGUGCGUCAGAUAAAUGUAAAUAUUUUUACUUUAAAUUGAUCCACUAAGGCAGAACAUCUCAGAUUCCAUUCACUACAUCCCUGAAUCUGCUCAUCAAAAUCAGCUUCUUUUACUUACUGUUUGAUGGUAAACUUAUUUGCUUUUGUAGUCCAAUUUAGAGUAAAACAGUAAAACUUCAAAGCAGCAAACUUUAAGCCUGGAGAGUCUUUAGUAAUGGUGACAUUAAAAAAGAUGUUUCAAUUUUCAUCUGGAUUGAUUUCCUCUCAGGUGCUCCACAGUUCUUCAUUUAACCAGUCAGGGCUGAGGGAAACUUCCCAAAGCUUCACAUCUUCCUCCCUCCAGGACCAGAGUUACUGCUGUUUUUCUUUUAAUGUGGAUCAUUUUAUAGCUCUUACCACUCUUUAACAUGGUGUCAGGUGGGUUGUGUUACAAUAAUGCUAAAUAAGUUUGUUUGAAUGAAAUGAAAAAACCUCAGAAACAUGCUCUUGUCCCUGCACUWGUAUGAACAGAAAGCCGGCUCUUUCGCUGGUUUUUCACUUUAGUGUUUGUCAGCUUGGAGCACGUUGAAAAAAAGAGAAUGACAGGAAAAAUGACAAUGUGUUACUGAUUUGAUUAAUACUCACAGCCAACAUCAUUUCAAAGCUCUAGUAGAUCACCAACACAGCAGAGAAAARAGGAUGAGGCUGACUUUGAAGUAAGAAAAACUAAUAUUUCACCUGAUGCCAGUGAAAACAGCUGGACUCAACAUGUGUGAGUCUGUGUGGAUAUCUACUGUGUGUGCAUGUGUGUGUGUACAUCAUGACCAUGUAUGUGCAGUUCCAUAUAUGGAUUUUUUGGGGGGUAAAAUCCCAGAGUAACAACGGCAGAAGCCUGUAGCUUCACCCAAACAUGGAGACACACAAUAACACACAGUUAGUUAUUUACCUUCCAUCAUUAAUUUAGUAAAAUAUCCAUCGUGAUUAAAAGAUCAAAAAGAACUUGUGAGCCAACAUAACUCAGAUUCACCUGAUUUGUUGUCAGCAGUGGCUCAGAGAAUUACUGAACUGUUGUUUUUAAUCUGUGGUGCUAUUAUUCUCAGUGUAUGUUCUAUAAGAAGAUAUUUUGAACUGAGGGUACACGGCCUCAGUAGUUCUGUAAGAGCUCGUCUAAUAAAGGUUACACCAAAGUG